AUGAACGCAAACACAGAGCGGGCAGAGAGAGCCAGAAGGUGCUGCAGGAGCUUCUUGACCUGGUGCAACAGCGGGAGCAUAAUGGUGGCGUUCAAAGGGGUCUGGACCAAGGACUUUUGGAGGGCUGUGUCUGCUGAGUACGUGGCGACCCUCAUCUUUGUCUUCCUGGGCGUAGGCUCCACCAUCAACUGGCACGCGGGCAAAGAAAACCCCCCUCCGGCCGACCUGGUGCUCAUCUCCCUGUGCUUCGGCCUGAGCAUCGCCACCAUGGUGCAGUGUUUCGGACACAUCAGCGGAGGCCACAUUAACCCGGCUGUGACCGCUGCCAUGGUGGUGACCAGGAAGCUGAGUCUGGCCAAGGCUUUUUUCUACGUGGUGGCGCAGUGCCUGGGAGCCGUCACCGGGGCGGGGCUGCUCUACAUGGUCACGCCCGCCAAAGUGCGAGGGUCCUUUGGAGUCAAUGACGUCAACUCAGACAUUUCAGUGGGACAUGGUCUUCUGGUGGAGAUCAUCAUCACAUUCGAACUGGUUUUCACGGUCUUUGCCACAUGUGACUCCAAGCGCACAGAUCUGGGCGGGUCUGCUGCACUGGCCAUUGGUGUGGCUGUAGCCAUUGGACAUCUGUUUGGAAUUCCUUACACAGGAGCGAGUAUGAACCCUGCACGUUCAUUCGGACCAGCUCUCGUCACUCUAACAUUUACAAAUCACUGGAUAUACUGGCUGGGUCCGAUACUGGGAGGCCUUCUCGCCGCCGGUCUGUACGAAUACCUCUUCUGCCCGGAUGCGGAAGUGAAGAAGAGGCUGCAGCAGGUUUUCCAAAAGGACACAUCGGGAAAGUACAAGGAAGUGGAGGCAGAUGAGGUCACGGUAAAACCAGGAAGUGUCGACGUGGAGAAGGACGAGAAGAAAGACCCGUACAACGACAUGGGAGACGUGUUGUCGUCCGUAUGA